AGAAGGAGAAGGAUGAGAAGAAGGAGAAGGAUGAGAAGAAGGAGAAGGAUGAGAAGAAGGAUGAGAAGAAGGAUGAGAAGAAGGAGAAGGAUGAGAAGAAGGAGAAGGAUGAGAAGAAGGACAUGUAUCUGCAGAAUGUCAUUUAUGGAAACAAAUAGAUACAAUGUUUCAACCGCUGUAUGGAAGGACAGUCCCAGAACUGUCAUUAAUAGUCUAUUUCUGACAGUUCUAUGACAUUCCCUCCAUACAGCGGUUGAAACCGCUGUAUGGAGUGAAUGUCCCAGAACUGUCAUAAAUAGUCUAUUUCUGACAGUUCUGGGACAUUCACUCCAUACAGCGGUUGAAACAUUGUAU